UUCUAUCGAUGUUUCCCUAUUCUCCACCUCUAUAAUAAAACCCCAGCUGACCAUAAUAAAUAAAGCAAUACAUUUAUAUUGAAAAAGAAAAAUAGAAAUAAAACAUAUAUAUAAUAAACAAAAGCCGCCGUUCUCUCCUUACGUUUGGCUGGUGCUAAGGAUUGCCAAAAAUCCGUUGGCAACGUGGAAUUACAGGAUUAAAGUAAAUAAACAAAGAAUCCUCUAACGAUGGCCCACUACAAGGGAGCCGCCAGUGAGGCGGGCCGCGCCGCCCAACUGAUGAAGAAGCGCGAGAUUCAGCAGCAGGAGAUCGAGUUCCGCAAGAAGAAAAUUGAGGAGGAGCUGAAGCUGGACAAGAUCGAGAACAAGUUUGCCACUCAUUACGAUGCCGUGGAGCAACAGCUUAAGUCCUCGACCAUCGGUCUGGUUACGCUGGACGAGAUGAAGGCCAAGCAGGAAGACAUAGUACGAGAGCGGGAAAAAAAGCUGGCCCAGAAGAAAGAUGAGAAGGAUAGGGAGAAGCAGCGAGCCCUGGAGGCCAUACAGGCGGAAAAAAACAAGCAGAAGAGGCAAAUUCAGGCUUUGUCUUUUAACAUGGACGAUGAUGAAGAUGGGGAGGAUGAUGAUGACAACGAUACAGAGCUGGAAAAGGAGGAAAAGCCGAAGGCCAAGUGGACCGAAAUGAAGGACGACAUGGUACCACUUAAAAAGAAAAAGAUAUGCAAAAACCCCGACGUGGACACCUCAUUUUUGCCAGACCGCGAGCGCGAGGAGCACGAGAACCGGCUGCGAGAGCAACUACGUCAAGAAUGGGUCAUGCAGCAGGCGGAGCUAAAGGACGAGGACAUCUCAAUCACGUUCAGUUACUGGGAUGGCUCUGGUCACCGACGAAAUGUACUCAUGAAGAAGGGCAACUCCAUCUAUCAGUUCCUUCAAAAGUGCCUAGAGCUGUUGCGCAAAGAGUUCAUCGAACUGAAGACAGUUAUGGCCGACCAGCUGAUGUACGUCAAGGAGGAUUUAAUCCUGCCGCACCACUAUUCUUUCUACGACUUUAUUGUCACAAAGGCGCGUGGCAAGUCAGGGCCGCUCUUCCAGUUCGAUGUGCAUGACGAUGUGCGCAUGAUCAGCGAUGCUUCGGUUGAGAAGGAAGAAUCCCACGCCGGAAAGGUUCUCCUUCGCUCCUGGUAUGAGCGCAACAAGCACAUCUUUCCCGCCAGUCGCUGGGAACCGUACGAUCCCACCAAGUCCUAUGACAAGUAUACGAUCAAAGACAAGGACAAGAGUAAAAAGUAGUUGCCUUAAAUUGGUUUUAAGGUUUCUUUUUCAGUUUUUUAUUUCCAAUAAAAUCAAUUACAAUAAA